AUGUCGAUGCAUUUGUAUGAAAUGAGCAGCAAACUGCUCGAGGACACCGUCAUGAAAGUGAACGACAACCUGACCUCCGUGGCUCUGGCGGUGUCUGUCAUAACUCUGUUUGUGGGAUACAUCUCCAAGUCGAUGCUCAAACAGUCAGCUGACAAGGAUCUGCUAUACCCACCUCACAUACCCUCCAGCAUCCCCUUCCUGGGUCAUGCCAUUGCAUUUGGGAAAAGUCCCAUUGAAUUUCUUGAAAAUGCUUAUGAAAAAUACGGCCCUGUGUUCAGUUUCACCAUGGUGGGCAGUACAUUCACCUACCUGCUGGGCAGCGAAGCGGCCACGCUGAUGUUCAACAGCAAGAACGAAGACCUGAACGCAGAGGACGUCUACUCCAGACUGACCACUCCAGUGUUUGGCAAAGGUGUAGCCUAUGAUGUCCCGAACCCUAUAUUUCUGGAGCAAAAGAAGAUGUUGAAGACCGGACUGAACAUUGCUCGUUUUAAGGAACACGUGAAAAUCAUCGAGGCAGAGACCAUAGAGUAUUUUCAGAGAUGGGGAGACAGCGGGGAGAGAAACUUGUUUGAGGCUCUCUCUGAGCUGAUCAUCCUGACGGCCAGCAGCUGCCUGCACGGGAAGGAGAUCCGCAGCAUGCUGAAUGAGCGAGUGGCCCAGCUGUAUGCCGACCUGGACGGAGGAUUCAGUCACGCUGCCUGGCUCCUGCCCGGCUGGCUGCCCCUGCCCAGCUUCAGGAAAAGGGACAACGCUCACAGAGAGAUCAAGAACAUCUUCUUCAAGGUGAUUCAGAAGCGUAGGCAGUCUGGAGAGAAAGUGGACGACAUCUUGCAGACCCUCAUCGAUGCCACCUACAAAAACGGACGACCCCUGAACGAUAAUGAGAUUGCGGGCAUGCUGAUUGGUCUCCUGCUGGCGGGUCAGCACACGUCCUCCACCACCAGCGCCUGGAUGGGGUUCUUCCUGGCCAGAGACAAAGCUCUGCAGGAGCGCUGCUACGCCGAGCAGAGGGCUGCGUGCGGAGAAGAGCUGCCCCCACUCGACUUCGAUCAGCUGAAAGAUCUCAGCCUGUUGGAGCGCUGCUUGAAGGAGACCCUGCGUCUCCGCCCGCCCAUCAUGACCAUGAUGAGGAUGGCUCGCUCUCCUCAGACUGCGGCAGGAUACACCAUCCCUGUGGGCCACCAGGUCUGCGUCUCCCCGACUGUCAACCACCGUCUCUGCGACACCUGGAAGGAAAGGAUGGAGUUCAACCCUGACCGCUACCUCAACGACAACCCUGCUGCAGGGGAGAAGUUUGCCUAUGUCCCGUUUGGAGCUGGCCGCCACCGCUGCAUCGGGGAGAACUUUGCCUACGUCCAGAUCAAAACUAUCUGGUCCACUUUACUGCGCAUGUACGACUUUGACCUGGUGGACGGGUAUUUCCCCACAAUCAACUACACCACAAUGAUCCACACCCCUCACAACCCCGUCAUCAGAUACAAGAGGAGAAAACAGUGAGAGAGUGACGGGAAACACUGCAGGGAGCAAAGACACGAGGAAACGGUCAAACAUCCCGAGUGUUUGGAGUGAAGCUCGGGCUUCCUGGGACUUGAAUUUAGGAGCAUUUAGAUGGACGCACUUUGCUCUGACUCACUUUUUGUGCUUUUGUUUUCCUGAAUGACAACGAAAAUACAUGAAUUUUUGAGACUUGUGUUUCCAGAGGUGAUUAAGCUGACUGAGUGACUGGAACUCAGACGCUAAUGUUCACAAUGUGAAUUCUUCAGAGUAGAUAUCGUCAGCAAUACAGUGGCUUGAUAGCAGGGAAACAUUGUUGAGUGCUUCAUUCAUUCUUUGGGGUGUUUUAUUCAGUGGAAAACCAAGCUUAGGGUCUGUCAUCAUAUUCCAGAUGGGUGGGAGGAGGGCUAAAGGUUCUCUCACUGAUGCCUAAAAAACCCCAAAAUGUGGCCUUCAGAGUGAAAUUGCAACCUUUUUCCUUAAGACCCUUUUCUAUCAAUUAGUGAACUGACGACCCUUGACUGCUAUACUUUACAGAUAUUUCAUAUCAUAUUCAAUGCAUAAAAAUAACAGUACAGAACAACUGAUAAAUUAUACAAUUAACCCGAACAAAGAACACGAUAUCCGCAGGAAGUUUGUGUAAAAUGAGCGGAUUAUUUCCUGUAAAUCAUCACAGAUGUGUUGUCUCUCUUUGGUAUUUUUAGGAACUCUUUAGACAAUUCUUUGUAUUAUGUAUUUUUAUUAAUUUGUAACAAUCAUACAUACUUAAUAGGCAUCUUUUUUUGGCAAAUUCAGUGUUUUCUCCUCUCUGGUCGUUGGCCACUGUUCUAACAGCUCCUUGGUCUUUUUAACUUUUCUAAUGCAGGAUGAGACAGUGUGGCAGAGUGAAGGGUCUGUGAAUGUAGCUUGUGUUCAGGUCUUCACGGUGGCCUCAUCCUGUGUUUUUUUUUAAUCUUAAAUAACAAUCUAAACUUUAGAAAUAAGAGAAAUAGAGAGAAAUAGGUGUACUAUAUAUAUUUUUUUUUAAAUCAAGAAGGCCUUUGGCAGAAGCCCCAGGUUGGAACCAGUGCUUUAUUACAUUGAACACAUUGAAUAAAUAACAACAACAGUAAAACAGUAAAUAGCUGUGAUCCCCUGGUGCACAAAGAGUUUACGAAGCAGCUGUUUCCACACUGUCACAGUGGAUUUCUCAUUCACUUGCUUAGAGAAUACGUCCAAAAAAUAACCUUAAAAACACUAAAUAAUAAGGCCAUGGCUGCAAAUGCUGCCUUUCAGAUCAUCACCCAUGUGAGGAGAUGAAUAGAGGAGUAAACACUGAAUUAAGAUGCUUUUUAAAGGUGACCUGCACUAAUUACAAACACCUGGACCUCACUGACGAGCACCAGCUGAUCUUUUGUUUGAACAGCGAGUUACAUCUCAUGCACAAGCUGUGUUGUUGUUCAUCAGGAGCUCUGUGAAAUGUCUUCUCAUGACAGAAAAUAUUGUGCUCAUCAUAUCAUAUUUUUUUGUUUUGUGUUGUCCUUCAUGAUGUUUGUUCUUGUGUUGCAGGAAAAAAAACUGUUGACAAUGUUAAACAUUUCCAUUUGUGAUUUCUUCUUUCAGUAGAGACACUUUAAAAACUCCCACACACUGUCAACACUGGCAGAUCUAUUGAAUAACUAUGAUUCAGCAAAGCAACCUCCAUCACCUGCCUCUGAGAUCGCUUUAUCAUUGUCUUGGAAGAAUAAACUUUCAAAAUGUU